UAUGUAGUUGACAUUAGGCGAGUCCUCGGUUGCAUUUCUUUGUAUUUAACAAUAUAAUUACAGCGUAAUUGUUUUGCAGAGAGGAGAGAAAACCGGUUGGAAGGGGUAAACGGGUUCAGGCCUGGGCUGGAGGAGCUUGUAUGACGUAGCAGUCCACCAACAGUCACACACACACACACACACACACACCCACCGGCUGCUGCUGCGCCUGCCAGAAUCUCAAUGUGGGGAAAUGACCGCGAGUGACCUCAAGGGAAACACUGUAUUUUAGCGACCUGCUCGCAUUUCCAUUUUAUGCGUAAUUAGGGCUGAUAUGUACGUCACAUUUUAGCGUUAAAUUUAAGGCUAGAACACGGUACAUUACGGAGAAGAAGACGGUUUAACGUUAGCUGGUUGCGCGACUGUCUCACUAGCUUGCAAACAGCGGGGCUAACACUAGCUAGCUACGCUACAGUAGCCGGGUUUGUCAUCGCUAGAGGCCGGGCUUGUACAUUUGUUUCUCCGGCAGUUGCUAGGCUAGGUUACGCUAGCUGCUGCCAUGGAUAAAGCCAAGUCAAUGAUGGACAAGAAAGGAGCGUCGGGUCCCUUUCAUGUCAACAACGGACAGCCGAGCCAGAGGGCAUUUCACGCUAACGGCAGCUGCUGCAGUAGCACUACUUUCGGCUCGAGCUCCGGACCCACCAACAGCAGCGGCACGAGCAUGCAUCACCUGCACCGCGGGGACGAUGCGGAGUGCAACGGGUCCCCGGCCAAGAGGUGCAGGCUACGGAGGAGGACGGAGUCGUUGAGACGGAACAGACCCCCCUUCCCCUGGUUUGGUAUGGACAUCGGUGGCACCUUGGUGAAGUUAGUGUACUUUGAGCCAGUCGAUAUAACUGCAGAGGAAGAACAAGAAGAGGUGGAAAACCUCAAGUCCAUCCGCCGCUACCUCACCUCAAAUGUGGCCUAUGGUAAAACAGGCGUCCGUGACGUCCACCUGGAGCUGAGGAACCUGACCAUGUGCGGCAGGACGGGGAACCUGCACUUCAUCCGGUUCCCAACGCAGGCCAUGCCCCGUUUCAUCCAGAUGGGUCGUGACAAAAACUUCUCCAGCCUGCACACAACACUCUGCGCCACCGGAGGCGGGGCUUACAAGUUUGAGAAUGACUUCAGAACGAUGGCUGACCUGGAGCUGCUGAAGCUCGACGAGCUGGACUGCCUGAUCCGCGGCCUGCUGUACGUGGACCGGGUCAGCUUCAAUGGACACCCAGAGGGCUACUACUUCCAGAACCCAUCAGACACCCAGAGCUGCGUGAAGAAGACCUGCAGCCUGGACAACCCUUUCCCCAUGCUGCUGGUCAACAUUGGCUCCGGGGUCUCCAUACUGGCCGUGUACUCGGAGAACGACUACAAACGGGUGACUGGGACCAGUCUGGGAGGCGGUACAUUCCUGGGGCUUUGCUGUCUGCUGACGGGCUGCGAGACGUUCGAGGAGGCGUUGGAAAUGGCCAGCAAGGGCGACUCCACCAACGUGGACAAACUGGUGAAAGACAUCUACGGAGGAGACUACGAGCGCUUUGGCCUGCAGGGCUCUGCCGUCGCAUCCAGUUUUGGCCACAUGAUGAGCAAAGAGAAGCGAGACAGCAUCAGCAAGGAAGACCUGGCCAAAGCCACACUGGUCACCAUCACCAACAACAUAGGAUCCAUAGCAAGGAUGUGUGCUGUCAACGAGAAAAUCGAGCGUGUGGUGUUUGUUGGGAACUUCCUUCGUAUCAACACAGUGUCCACAAAGCUGCUAGCCUAUGCCAUGGACUUCUGGUCUAAAGGACAACUUAGAGCCCUCUUCCUGGAACACGAGGGUUACUUCGGAGCUGUCGGGGCGCUGAUGGAGCUGCUCAAGACAACAGAGGACCCGUGAAGGAAAUUAUGUCAUGACAUCAUCAACCCUCGUCAAGACGAUGUCAUCCACCCCUGAAUGCUGUGACGUCAACCUUUGCUGCUGCUGAAAAAGGUCCCAUCCACAGAGGCCGCUAAGGGAACACUAAGAGAGACACACAGAAACUGAGAAAAGCCAUUUUAAUAAUUUAACACUUGUAAAUAAUGUUAACCUCUAGCAUUCAUAUCCUAAACUUCCCAAACAGAGUCCCCCCUAUCAUAGAGGUUUUAAUAUUGUAAUCUUUAAUUUAUGGUUUCCUGUAACCCCCUUGAUUCCUGUAAUCAGCCCUGUGUCAGGAAGCACAGAGACGCAGAGUGUUUUACUGUUUUUAGUGUGUAUUUGUGUGAAUAGCUACUGUAGCAUUACGUCCUGGAGGCUGUGGUUCCAUGGGCGACUGUUUGUGCAACAAUUCUUUAAGGUAAGAGAAGGCGUUUUGUUGUCGUUUGUUGAACACAAAGUCGCCCACAAUGCCACAGUCUUCUAAGGAGUGCACUGACGCCAAAUCCUGUUGAGAUUCGUACGACGCCUGCCUCCUUCAGCCCAGGUGGGAAGCAGAAAAAAAACGGUCUUUAAUUCUUUCUGUUGCUCCACUGCACAUGGCCUUUGCUAUUUCUUUAUUUCUCCUCCGUCUGCCUCCGUGUAAACAACAUUAACGACACCAUAUUGCCACACAUGCGUACCUAACCUGCUGAGUUUAGUGUUAGAUGACAGGACCAAGACAUUGUCUUCCAACAGAUGGCGCUGCAGCUGUGUCUGCUUUGUUGAUUUCUGUUGACUAGAAUGCUACAACUUCAGUUGUCGGCCUCAUCGACCUGCUUAUUUGUGAAAUACGAUGGGAUUAUUUGUGUCACUGUAGGGAAUCAUCCUUUCUGUUUCCUCUUUCCCUUCCCUGUCUGCCAGUGUCCCUUCCGGAGGGUGGAGGCCUGAUUCCUCUCUGCCACCCCGCUGCCUUGUUUAGAUGUUUCAUUGAUUUUAACGAGGCGUUCAGGCCAGAAUUAAAAUCUCUCCAUGUGAACCCUGGCAUGGAAAACGUUCAGUACACAACACUAGCGUGGAUAUUUCAGAUCAGUGCAGCCACGGCCUGAGAGUGUAAGAAUGAAACUCCUCCUGCUUGCCUGACUUGCUUGUAAUAAUGCUCUGAGUAUAGAAUGACUUUCUUGCCUGAUGUGACAUGCACAGCUCAUCCUGCAGGCCGCUUGUCAUUUAUUAUGCAUGACAAGGACAGCUGUAACGGCUUCGUCAUCAGUGAGCUUUGUAGUCGAUAAAUUAUUGCAUUAUUACGUCAUAGCUUUCCCUCUAUUGUCAUGGUAACGUGUCCCAGCCUGAACCUUUACAGCCUUUCAUCUCCGUUUAAUGUCCAAGCAGUUGAACUAUAAACGUGGGGCUGCAGUCUCCACUGCUUUGCAUAUUCAGUACCCCUGUCUACAUGCCUUUACUCUCCAGCAGAGAAACUGCUCUCUCCCUUUGUGGAACCACUCUCUGUGUAAUGCACCUCCUCUCUCGUCACUAUCAACACUUUUGGGUCUGUUAGUUUUCUGUGUUUGUGAGCCUGGUGUAAAAGUGUACACAAGGAUGUCCUUUCCAAAUCUCACCUCGAUAAUAACAAGGGGUGAAAUCCUUAUCAGCUAGUUGAAUGUUAUGCAAGUACUCUGAACAUCUAACUUGACCCCCACAAAUAACAUGUUUUCUUCUUGUUUAUUUGACAAAGGGCAGUUUGUGUGCACGUAGUUCCUCUGAAGGCUCACACAACACUUAUGUUUAAAAGGUUUUGAUGUUUGAAGCUGUUGCUUUUUUAAACGAACAGUUCAGUAACAGAAUAAUCCCAUAUUUUAAGACGUGUUUCUGUAGCUCAUACGUACUAAAAGUUAACAGUUAGGAUGUUUUACUGUGGAUUCUUUGAUUGUUCUUCAUUAACUACCUAAUAGCUUCAAUAAUCCAAAUGCCAACACUUCUGCACGUGCUGCGAGUAAAACUGGGGAAAUACUAUUUAAGUGGGAUUUUAAAGUGAUGCAACAUUUCCUCUGCUGUGAUGACACUGCUCUUUAUAUUUGCCUUGUUCCAACUCGUGCUUGGAUAAGAAUAAAAUCCGGCUGGUUGUGGUCAUCCUGUGCCGACGCUGCUUCUCAUCUGAUAACCCCAUCAGCUGCCUUCACUGUGUGUUCGCCUGGUUACACCGUAUCUGUGCUCUUCACUUUCCUGUGUGAUUUUUCAUUUGAUCGUCUCACCUGCUGAACUUCACCUCCAUGUUUCUGUAAUGUGCGUGCAAACCUCUUUAUGUUUGGGUUUUGCUUUCUGUUUGUUUGUUUGUUUGUUUGUUUGUGCUGCCAUGGUACUGUAGCAGAUUCAGUGCACACCUUCACACUUUGAAUAUCGGAGGGUUCACCUGCUGGUUCCAAGUGUGUCUUAGUACAGGAGCAACAUUAACUUCCGCCAGUACUGCAAUGGUUUUCAUAAUGACGUGGGAUUAUUUGGGAAUCAUUAAGAAGAAGAACUGGAAUUUUAGAUGCUUUCCAACUUUUCUUUUCAUUAUCUUUUUGUUUUUUUGGGCAAGUGUUUUCGUUUGGGAACUUUUUUCAAAAGGUGCAUCCUAAUAAUGAUUUGGAUCCUGCUUUUUUUUUUUUGUGUCCAGUAUUAAGUAAUAUUGUGAGGGUAAUGUGUUUUUUCCCCAUGUGAUUUGAAUAUACUGUUGUACAGAAUUUAUUUUCAUUGUUUUAUUGUUUGUGGUUGGCACAAAAGAACCAGUGUGAUUGUUUCCAGAAAUGUAAAUCCCUGCUUUCAUGCUCCAUCGGGCUGAAGAAGCCUUUUCAAACGUGGUGAUUUGCAGCACUAGGAAAAAGUAAACCUUUUUGUAAACAUGCAUCGUGUCCUGCAGAGCCUUUCAUCUCAUUUUUAUCUCAAUUCUUCACAUAAACUGCGUUGUAUGUUUUCAGCAGCAACAGUCAUGAAGCCCAUCAUUCAAAGCAGAGUCACAUCUUGCACUAAAGUUGACGUUUUGUCCUUUUCACACAUUUUCUGUGACGAAUGCACAGAUCCAGUAUGUGGCAAGAAUGCAGUCCUUUAAGUAAUUUGGCUUUUAAGCAUACAGUAGAUGUUUCUGUUCUCAUGAGUCAAUGUGGGUGUUUGAUCUGCUUUGAUGGCGGUCUGAGUUGUGAUUUUAGAGUUUGGGGUUUGGACACUUUGCUGGGACCAUCUGUUCUCACAUCAGUAUAUAUUUCUUGGUACGAUAAAGAACUUUGGCUUAAAGAAUCCUACGAACGGCAAAUGUCACGUCAUCCAUAGUGAAAUCUAAGCAACCGGCUAUGCAGUAACUCACCCAUCGAUCUCUUUGCCCCUUUCAACCAACUCACCUCUUCUCUAAAGCAACCAGUCUAUUUGACUUGUUUGUAAAUGUUUUUAAAAAAUAUAUGCAACCCAUGUUAGUUUUCCCCUGUUAGAAAUCCUGUUUGAAUCUUGACGGAAGAGUUUCUCCUCCCGAAGUUUCUGUCCUGCUGAUAUAAUUGUUAACACUAUUUAAGGUGGAUGCUCGCAACAUAAUGUUUUCGGCUGAAUCAUGCACCAAAAUGAGGCUAACAUGCAUGUUUUUAUAGUGUGAUCUGUGUGACCUAAUCAUGCUAAACGUGUGUGUGCACUGUGGCGCUGUAACAACAUAGCUACAGCUAUAUUAGAUUUACAUCUAAACUGUGAAUCUUGUCGGAUAAAUGACCCUGGUUCAUUGUUUUAUCUUGAACGGUGUUCGUUAAGGAUAACCUCAUGUUGCACACUAGUAACAGUGGCAUAAUGUUCCUCGUGACCUUCUGGUUUUAAGCUUGAGUUGUGUUUUUCAGCUCACUUUGCUGAACUUUUCAGGAUUUCUUCAGCGGUCCUGAUCUGGUCAGACAUCCUGUUGCGUGAAUACAUCCAUCCUUUUAAAACUGUCUUCUGGAAUGCUUGACUGGCAGGACGGACCUUUUCACCCUUGUGUAUUUGAUUGUACAGAGAUUUUGUAAAUAAUAUUAAUAUGAUAUAUUCCACACCAGCAAUCUGUCUGUUGAUUUAGUUGUUUCAACAGUUCCUGGAUUCCCAAACAUGACUCGGCACUUCAUUUACAAUCCCUUACGGAGACAGAAUACGCACCGCGACAAACCACUUUCCUCUGCAGCCGUGAUGAAUAGCAUUAUACUAGAUACCUUUUUAGAUGUUUAUUAGUGAUUGUGUAAAAAUGUUUGGCAGUCAGUCAGAUCCUCUUCUUUUACAUUUAUUGUCACUUUAUUAUAACUUUCUCAAUUUCAUUCAGGUCCAUUUGACUUUGAUUAAAGAUAAUAAUGCUAAAUAUGUCCUAAGGGGAAAUGUGGUUUUAAGUGUUUAACUAGCUCUUGGUGUCCGGAUGCUUGUUUUCUGUCUUCUGGAUCCUCUGUGAUCUGGAUCUGGGUAUGAAAGUUUUGGGAAGCCCAGUGCUGGUUGUUGGCGUCAGUUCUGCUGCUGCUUUUAACUCCGGGUUGAAAAAAAGAAAAGAAAAAGACAAAAAAAAAAAAACACGGCUCACUGCCUUGUGCAA